AUGUUAGACGCAGGCUGGCUUCGAAGUACGUCGCUGACGAUGCACGAUCCCCUCGCUCUGGAACUGAGUCCCGUGUCGGAUCGAGACCGCUUCCUGAACAAGAUACAGGCAUUCGUGUACGUCCGCCGCGGUGGAACCGACGACGACGCCAACUCGUCGGGCCUCGAAGAAGUGCUAUACGGGCAGCUCACCUACGUCAUCGACUCACCUCCAAUUGAGGUGAAAGCGCUUGAUAGAUCCCAGGAAGUGGUUCUCGCACUGCAGGAUCACGUGACGCUCCCGCCCGAUGGCGCCAUGAUCGAAUGGAAGCGCAGGCUUUCCAGAGUUCGCUUCACGGCGCCGCCGCCGAACGUGCGACUCCUGGCUGGCGGUCGCCUGGCCCUGGUCUCCUUCGCCGGAAGUUUUUCAGGCGAUCAGAGCGGCACGGCAUCACCGCUGAGCCUGUCCUGCGGUGUGUUCGCCAGGGACGGCCGCUUCUACGCCAUGCGCCAUUUCUUGGUGGCCUCCUCCGUUGCGCAGCAAGGUGCGUCAUGGUUCUACGCCACAUCAUGGUUCGCUGCGGCAUUUGCAAGCACGCAGCGUACAUCGUCGACGACGGAAGGCGACACGGUGAUCCACCUAUCGGUCAAGCUAGAUUCGCAACCGGCUCCCGGUGCCGCAGACACUGGCGACGAGUACACCGUGGUGCAGACCAACAUCAGCGUCAGCAACGGCCAAGCGGCACCGGCAGCGCUGGGUGACCGGCUGGGCUCGGGUCACCAGCCACCGGUGGCAGUUCAACCACAGCGCAAGGCGCCCGAGCCGGUACCGAACCAGCCGUCGCCGUCGGCUGGCUUCACGAGCAACGUCUGCUUCCGCCUGGUCCGCGGCGAGAACGGCGUCCCCAUCGUCGUGCCGUGCGAGUCCGCCGCGUCAGCUACAACGCCGACGCCGAAAACGUCCACGACAGAAACUCGCCGCCGGGAGCCACACUCACGUUGGAGACACCAUCGACCGCGUGGUGGCAGCGCGGAAGAGUUUUUCCGAGAGGACUACCCGCUCGCAAGACACCGUUCGCGGGGUACAGACGACCAGGGCAAGCCACCCUCAACUCCGAGUGAACAAGACCUACUGCGUGCCGACAUCGACGGCCUGCAACCGUGCCGGGACGAUGCAGAGUGCAGUCGGCACGCGUCAUGCGUUGUGCCUUUAGGUACAACCAAGGGACGGUGCGUCUGCGACCGAGGCUAUUUGGGAAAUGGUCUGUUCUGUUGGGAGAGCUUCUACGUGUGACAACCGUUUCACAUUUAUUAAAGUACA